GGACACGUGGCUCACGCCUGGGAGGCAGCGCAGUUUCAUAUUAAAUGCAAUCACAUUUCAACCAAUGCAAAACACGCCUACACCGGCGAGAUUAAUCGAAACCCCUCACUGAAGUGUGACAGUUACACCUUGGUUUGAAAGAAGAAAGAAGUUGUAGUUAACCGCCUGACAACCUGCCGCCUUUUUGGACGAGAAACAAGACGUGUCUUUUGGUUUCCCCUCUGUAUUUCAACCACGGAGAACACUUCUGAGGGGUUAUUCCAGCAGGUUCUUGGCCAUGUCUCCCAGGCCUAGUGUUGAGCUCACAGGGUUCUUCUGGCCAGAGGUGAGCUGCAGUUCUGUGUGUUGGUCAUCAUUGCUGUGAGAUCUACCGAUCUGUUGACCCCUGACCCCGCAGUGCCCGUUAUCACCCAAUCAUCAUGGCCCCUGUGCCACCUGGCAUCCGCUUCCUGGCCUCCUUCAACAGAGACCAGUGGUACCGAGCCUUCACAUUUAGCCUCACCUUCCUGCUGUACACCAGCUUCCACCUGUCCAGAAAACCCAUCAGCAUCGUCAAGAGUGAGCUGCAUAAGAACUGCUCAGCUCUCAAUGAGCUCUCCACAGCCAGUAGUAGCCAGCUGUCAGACCUCCACACAGCUGCAGAGUGCAGCUGGAAACCCUUUGAUAAAAGCAACUAUAAGCAGCUGCUGGGAGCCAUGGACUACUCCUUCCUCUGUGCCUAUGCCGUGGGCAUGUUCCUCAGUGGCAUCAUCGGUGAGCGCCUGCCCAUCCGUCUGUACCUGACGUUUGGCAUGCUGAUGAGCGGCCUCUUCACCUGUCUAUUUGGCCUGGGCUACAUUUACAACAUCCACAGCCUUGGCUUCUAUAUAUUUGUCCAGGUGGCUAAUGGCUUGGUUCAGACCACUGGCUGGCCCAGUGUUGUCACAUGCAUCGGGAACUGGUUUGGCAAGGGAAGGAGGGGUCUGAUCAUGGGCAUAUGGAACUCCCACACCUCGGUGGGCAACAUCUUGGGCUCUCUGAUCGCAGGCUACUGGGUCUCCUCCAACUGGGGCUUGUCCUUCAUCGUUCCCGGCCUCAUCAUCGCCGCCAUGGGAAUCAUCUGCUUCCUCUUCCUCAUUGAACAUCCAAAUGAUCUUAGAAGCAUCCAUGCUGUACAGAACCCUGCUCCCUGCAGCAACAAUCGAAAGCUGACGAACUGGAAUGGGACGAAUGGACACAAGCAACUGUACCAUUCAUACAAACAGGGAGACAAAUAUCAGAACUGGGACACAGAGCCGCUGCUCCCUCAGGACAAUAGUAGUGUUUCUGUCCCAGUACAGCAGGUGGUGGUGGUGAAGAGCGAAUCAGAGCCCUCGGCCAUCAGCUUCAUGGGAGCUCUACGCAUUCCGGGAGUGAUAGAGUUCUCGCUCUGUUUGCUGUUUGCCAAGCUGGUCAGCUACACCUUCCUCUUCUGGCUGCCACUCUACAUCACGAAAACGGCUCACCUAGAUGCCAAGAAGGCCGGAGAUCUCUCCACUCUAUUUGACGUUGGAGGAAUUGUGGGGGGAAUAUUGGCUGGGGUCAUAUCUGAUAAGCUGGGAAAGAGAGCCACCACCUGUGCAGUGAUGCUGCUGCUGGCUGCUCCUAUACUUUAUGGCUUCUCCAUGAUCAGCGAGUUUGGACUGGGACCGACCAUCGGUAUGCUACUGGUGUGUGGAGGACUUGUGAAUGGGCCAUAUGCCCUUAUUACAACAGCAGUGGCUGCUGAUCUGGGAACACACAAGAGCCUCAAGGGCAACGCCAGGGCCCUUUCUACUGUCACGGCCAUCAUUGACGGCACAGGAUCAGUAGGUGCAGCAAUAGGCCCCCUUCUGGCAGGAGUGUUGUCGUCACAGGGCUGGGAUCAGGUCUUCUACAUGCUGAUGGCAGCUGACUUCCUUGCACUGCUGCUGUUGCUGCGGCUGGUGACGAAGGAGCUGACCUCUGGUAACGUGGUUAAACCUCGUUCUGGCAGCACCACUGUAGAAGACGGACCGACGGCUCUCGGGGUUUUCCAAUUCGGGCACGGAACGGAGUGGUAGCCUAUAGCCCGCAAUCCGACUCCUCGGCAGCGGCGAGAGAGGCUUGAGGGGUGGAGAGAGAUGGGAUCAGCUUCUUCGGCGUACCGAGUAAUCUACCUGGACGUGGAUGGCAGAAUUCAGAAGGUAUAACUGUCAAUCAACCGUUAUGUCAGCCUGUUUCAUCAUCAACCUACACCCUGCCCUGUAGGCCUAACCGGGAAGAGAUAGAUAGUUAUGUUGUCUAUAGAAUAGGAAACCCUCAAUAGCAUAUUGUAUAAUAUUCAUAUACAAAUCGUGGUUAAAAUGAAUAACCUAAUGUCAUUGAUAAUGCAACAAAAAUCUAUUCACUUUUUGAUGGAUUGUGCAUAUGCCAGACACACUUGAUUUACUGUUUAAAGGGUGCGCCGCUUCACUUUUCGCCCCCCGCUUCACUUUUAUAAAAAGAUGUCGUUUUUUGUGUCCCUUGAGGAUUUCCCAAACUGGUGGCGAGAGAAUCAGACCAAACCACCUCAGAUCACGCGCUUGUAGUGUUCGGGCCUCUGAUUGGACACUGACGCACAAACGGUCGGGACCUGUAUGUGCAGAUGUUAAUUUUCUCUCGCAUGCCAGCAUAGUUGAGGAGACAAACUCCUACUAUGUGUCCAGGUUUAACGUGGUGGGGCGUCACUCGUAAACAGUCGGUUAAAUGCACGGUUAACGCAUAAUGUUUUUACCUAUUAGAAGCAAUUAAUACCCGAAACAACGUCAUCAUCGAACCAAACGACUGGCCAGAGAUCAGGGCAUUCCUCAGCAAGGCUUUUCCUGGCAGUCGGAUGAGGCAAUCGAAGGAGGAUGCAGUGAAUUGACUAUAUUGGCCUUAUGACCUUGAAUUUAGUAAAGCUUGCUCUGGAAUUGAUUUAUGCUUCUAAUUGCACAUGUUGAAUAUCAGUUGUUUUAUUUAGAUUAUGCUAUAGUUUACUUUAUGGCCGGAUUUGAAAUGUACUUUUUCCAAUGCUACAUUCAUUUGACAGACCUUACUUGAAUGAUUCUCCCUCUUUCUUCAAAGUAAAGGCCUAGUCUAUGAUAGGCCUAUUCAUAUUUGUAUUACUAUUUUAUUGCAGGCUAUAGGCUAAUAGGUCAUGAACUCGUUCAUUUAUAAUAUUUUUAUUUGAUUACAAUUAUUUAUUGUUAUUCAUUCUUGAAAUAGAAAAGCAUACAUAUUCUACUAUAUUGCCCUAGAUAGCCUGUAUCACAUGGAAUUACCUUUUUAUCCUGUAGAUAGGUGUUGAAUUGCACUCAUUUGAUAGCGGUGCUUGACUUAGACUGAAAUAGGUGCCAGUACUCAUUUUGGGUGCUGGUACUGUUUAUAUUUAGGUGCAGGAGCUCCACAAUACUUUUGAGCUAAUAUUCUAUAAGAGGAACAGGAGCUCAAGCAGUGGAAAAUUUGAGGUGCUGGUGAGUUCCUGCCCAAGUCCAGCACUGUUUGAAAGACCUAACUUGAAUGAUUGGCCAUCUUUAGUAGCCUAUUUCUCCUAUAAAGUGUGGUCUAUGAUAGGCCUUUUAAAUAUUUGUAUUGUAUUCAUAUUUAAUUAAAGCAUAGUUAGGCUAUACAUGUAUAGUAAUGAACUGAUUAUACGUUUGGUCAAUUUCUUUCAUUAGAAAAAAAAAACUUUUGAUAUUGUAUUCUAUUAUAUAUGUUAAUAAUGCUGUUAUUGAUGUUUAUCAGAGAUAUGUUCAGAAUAAAGAAACUGUCACAAGA